GUGAGGUGGGGUCAGCGCAUUCAGGGGAGGGUAGCAACAGUUGCCCCGGUGAAGGCGAGGCGCCAUAGCCACGGUAGUCGUGGUGACAAGAUCCAAGCAACUGGAGUCAACAACAACAACAAUCUUCAACACCUGAGGAAAUACAACCAAACCACAACAAAGAACAGGACUCGGACACACGGGUAAAAAAAAGUGCAUCUUGUACCUCCAAAGCAUUAGUUUCCAUGGCAACUUGUAGUUACUCUGAUGACCUGCAGCCUCAGCAGGUUGAUGGUGUAACCAUAGCAACGCCUGCCACCACCACACCUUCAUCAGUAAAGACCACACAUUUCCUGUCUGAGGUCUUGCCGACUUCUGGAGCCAUUUCUGCAGCGGUCCAGUCAGCCACCAUCUCAAAACCCCGACAGGAUGCACUGUGUUCUCAAGCUGCACCCACACAGGCUCGGAGCCAGAGGCCGGUCGUCUUGGCAACUUCCACGCAGCAGUACGUCAACCGGGAGGUCCAGCACUCCGUGGUCCAGAAAAGUAACGGGCAGAGCAGCCCGCCUCAGUACCUCAUAGUUACAGUUACAGAGGGCUCUGCUCACUCCAACGACAGUCUGUCAGACUCUAGCCCGUCGGCCCCCGGUGUUCCCACGCAGGCGGUGCAACCACCUCAGCAGAGGUCAGUGCUGCAAGCGGCGUCACAGUCAGCCAAGAGGAAUCAGACGAGCCACGUCGGCAACCUGCAGUCACUGCACAUCAGCCAGGAGGUGGAGCGUGUGUUUACGGGUCAGGUGCAGUAUGUGGAUGGAGCAGGAGAAUCAUCUUUCCCCGCCUCCACCAUUCGAUCCAACACCUACCCCUUCUCCGACCCUGUCAUCUUCUCCCAGACCAGUUCUACGUCCUCUUCCAACUUUUAUGAGGCCACACCCAGUCCAGGGUCAGACAUUGCCGGCUCUGUGAUCGCACAGCCCGUUGCUGUGGCAACAGCCGGAGGUAGUGGCGGUGAUGCUGCAGGUGGAGGGGAGUAUGCCAUUCCUGUAGGCUACAUAAUAGGAGGAGAAGCAGCAGGCUCUGCAGGAGGAAGUCACAAUUAUGGCAGCCCCAACUCUCGAGCCCCACCUGCUACUGUGCAAUGGCUGUGUGAGAACUAUGAGGGGGCUGAGGGAGUCAGUUUACCCCGCUGUACCCUCUAUUACCACUACCUGCUGCACUGCCAGGAGCAGAAACUGGAACCUGUCAAUGCCGCUUCCUUUGGGAAACUGAUCAGGUCGGUCUUUGUGGGGCUGCGAACCCGGAGACUAGGAACCAGAGGAAACUCCAAGUACCACUAUUAUGGCCUGAGGAUCAAAUCUGGCUCUCCUCUGCUCAGACUGAUGGACGAGCAGCAGCACAUGGCCAUGAGGCAGCAGCCUUUCUCACAGAAGAGCAGGAUCAAACCCGUUCAGAAAGCUCCAGGGCUGUCCAAUGGGAUCGCAGGUGGGAUAGGCCAGCUCCAGCCAGGAGCACCUGGAGAUAUUUCCACUCAGGUGCAACAGUAUCAGCAGUUCCUUGAGACCUCCAGGCCUUUACCAGAGUUUGUGGACAUUGAUCUUCAAGGUCAGUCUUUGCCGGAUGGGAUCCAGUUGGAGCACCUGAAGGUCUUUCGGGAUCUGUACAGAGAGCAUUGUGAGGCUGUUCUGGACGUCAUGAUCAACCUGCAGUUUAACGUCGUGGAGAUGCUCUGGAAAUCCUUCUGGAGGUUUAGUGAGAGCAACAAUCCUGAAUCCCCUGACCUGCCCGAUGAUGCAGAGAACUGUCUGCCCAAAUCCUUGCUGGUGCUGCUGUGCAAGUUUGAACCGGUGCUGCUGUGGACCAGGUGGUGUGACAACCUGCUGUACCAGGCGCUGGUAGACGCCCUCAUCCCUGACGUGCUCAGACCUAUCCCCAGUGCCUUAACUCAGGCCAUCCGAAACUUUGCCAAGAAUCUGGAGAGUUGGCUGACAGGAGCCAUGAUGAACAUCCCAGAGGAGAUGGUUUGCAUCAAGGUGGUGUGUGUCAGCUCGUUCUCCCAGACGCUUCGGCGCUACACCAGCCUGAACCACCUGGCCCAGGCUGCCCGGGCCGUCCUCCAGAACUCAGCUCAGAUCAACCAAAUGCUCUCUGACCUCAACCGAGUCGACUUCAGUAAUGUGCAGGAGCAGGCGUCCUGGGUGUGUCAGUGUGAGGACGGCGUGGUGCGGCGUCUGGAGCAGGACUUCAAAGCCACGCUGCAGCAGCAGAACUCUCUGGAACAGUGGGCCUCCUGGUUGGACGGCGUUGUGUCCGAGGCCCUGAAGCCCUUUGAGCAGAACCCUGCUGCUCUGUCCAAAGCUGCCAAAGUUUUCCUGCUCAACUGGUCCUUCUACAGCUCCAUGGUCAUCAGAGACCUGACUCUACGCAGUGCUGCUAGUUUUGGCUCCUUUCACCUGAUCCGGUUGCUCUACGACGAGUACAUGUACUUCCUGGUGGAGCACCGGGUGGCCCAGGCCAAAGGAGAGCCGCCCGUCGCUGUGAUGGCAGAAUUUUCCAACUCUGCUAAGAGCAGAAGCUCUCCAGAUCUGGAUAAAGAAGAGGAGGAAGAGGAGGAGGAGGACAGCGAGGAGGAGAGCGCAGAGAUGGUGCUGCCUUCAGGCUCCCUUGGAGUUUGUGACGAGCCGCCUCCAGCCAAGCAGGCCAGGACGGGUCUGAAUCUGCACGCGCUCACUGACACCCAUAGCUGAUCACGUGCACCAACACUGCGCACGUGAUGAUGGUUCCUCUCAGCAGAGCCGUGCUGCUGCUUCUCCUUAAAGACUGUUUUCAUUAAUGCAGAAAAUGUCCAGCAUAUUUGUCUAGUCUGGAGUUCAGUGGACUUCAAUGGAUGCUGCUGAGGUUCUGUGAAACUAAAGAAAAACAUCUAGACUGGAGGAAGUAUUUGAUCUUUUGCUGAUUUUGUUGGUUUGCCCUCUGAAAAGGUCUGUCACCGUAAUGGUUCAUUUGAACAGUGAGAGAUGGAAAAUCACAAAUACUUUGUGGCAAAACCCUUAUUAGUGAUACAGAGGUCAGACGUUUCUUGUAGUUGAUGAGCAGAUUUCUGCAGAUAUCAGGAGGAAUUUUGGUUCACUUUUCUAACCCUGUACAGGAAAACACCCCCAAACCAUAAUGUUUCCACCUCCAUGCUUGACAGUGGGGAUGGUGUUCUUGGUGUCAUUGGCAGCAUGUCUCUUCAUCCAAACACCACGGGUUGAGUUGAUACCAAACAGCUCAGUUUUAGUCUCUUCUGACCACAGCUCCGUCUCCCAAUCACUCUCUAAAUCAUGAAGGUGUUCAUUGGCUAACUCCAGGUGGGCCGGCACAUGUGCUUUCUUCAGCAGAAGGACUUUGCGAGAUGUUAAACCCUUGUGGUAUUAAUAAUAACAUUAAUAAUGUUCUCAUGAUCAUGGAUGGAAAUCCCACCAGGUCAGAUCUUGUUUGGAGCCCCAGACCUAUAAGUGGAUUGAUGGUCAUGUUGCAGCACAAGUUGCCUCCUUAACCCCCAGCUUCUUGCUGAUGGUGUUGUAGUCCAUUCUAGUCUUGUGCAGCUCUACAAUCUUCUCCCUUAAAUCCACUGAAAGUUCUUUAGUCUUUCUGAUGUUUGGAGUCUGUCUGAUUCUGUGGACAGGUGUCUUUUCUACAGGUGAUUAGUUUAAACAGGUGUCUCAAACUCAGGUGACAGGCUGAUCAGGAGAGUCUAACUGGUUUGUGUGAACCAGAACUCUUAAGUAUUUUAACCCCCUUGUAACUAUUAAUCCCCUCACCGAAAUGUAAAUGAGUGUAAAUAAAAUCUUCAAAGUUGAUUUCUUGAUUUUCUAUCUCUCACUGUUCAAAUGAACCUGCCAUUAGGACGACAGACUGAUCAUUUAUUUUUAAGAUGGGGAAACAACAAAACCAGAUGUUUAUUUACUCUGCUGUACAUUGAGAGAAUUUUCAGUUUUCUUUCAAGUUUCUUGUCAAACUCAACUUGACUCAAAAUCUGAACGAUUGGGUCAGUUAAGGAUGCAGUUCAGUGUAGUCUGUAGUUUAUCCAUGACCCCCCCCCUCCCCCUUUCCUGCCUUAACCACUGACCAGACUGCAGAGGGAGGGGCGCCUCUCAAUCUGUGCCUUUCUAAGGUUUUCAGCCUGAAAUAAAAAUAUGGAGAUGAUGAACUUGA